UUGAGAUUUGUUAUAUAAUGUGGAUCUAUGUUGUCUCCUGGUGUUUCUUAAAUUCAUGGAGGGGGAGAGGGCUACUAUAUCCUAGUGGACUCAGAUUUGCCUCAAAACUUCAUACCUUAAGAUCUGUUAUGUAAAGUACAACUAUAGUAUGUCUCCUUGAUAUUGUGAUUCCAUGCCUAUACUGAUUGCAUAAGUAGGAUAGAUGUAGAAACAGAAGAUUCUCACAUCCAUAGGAAGAAAUCAUUUUUUCUAUACUGUAGCGUCUAACUAGUAAUUAGAUUAAAUGUAGUUUUAAAUAAUUGAUUUUGGUGCGACUUUGAUCAGCAUGGAGAUUUUCAAACUCCCUUAUUUUAUUUUUGAUCAUCAACUACCAGGUUCCGAGGCAAUGUUUGCAGAUCUUUGCUAUUUCUCUGUGCGGUCAAUACAGCUUACGUUUGUGUUUCUCGUCUUGCCUUGUCUUUUCUUGGGUUAUUUGGGUCAAGCUGCCUACCUUAUAUCAAACCACAAUGGAGCUGAGCACGUAUUUUUUAAUUCUGUUCCCAAAAGUGCCUUUUGGCCAGUCUUUCUCAUUGCUAAUGUUGCUGCAUUGAUUGCUAGUCGGGCAAUGACUACGGCUACCUUUUCAUGUAUAAAACAAUCAACAGCACUUGGUUGUUUUCCUCGUCUUAAGAUUAUUCAUACAUCUAGGAAAUUCAUGGGGCAGAUCUAUAUCCCGGUGUUGAAUUGGUUUUUGUUAGCUAUUUGCCUGGUGGUCGUCUGCUCCAUAUCUAGCAUGUAUGAGAUUGGAAAUGCAUAUGGUAUUGCUGAGCUAGGAGUGAUGAUGAUGACAACUGUCUUGGUUACCAUUGUUAUGCUUCUUAUAUGGCAGAUAAACAUUAUCAUCGUGAUGGGUUUUGCAAUGAUCUUUCUUGGGAUAGAACUGAUCUUUUUCUCUUCUGUGUUAUGGGGUGUGGGUGAUGGAAGUUGGAUCAUAUUGGUAUUCGCAGUAAUUAUGUUUUUUAUUAUGUAUAUUUGGAAUUACGGAAGCAAGCUCAAGUAUGAAACUGAAGUCAAGCAAAAGCUGUCAAUGGAUUUAAUGCGGGAACUUGGGUGCAAUCUCGGUACAAUCAGAGCUCCUGGCAUCGGUUUACUCUAUAAUGAACUAGUGAAAGGAAUACCUGCAAUAUUUGGCCAUUUUCUGACUACUCUUCCUGCAGUUCAUUCAAUGAUCAUAUUUGUCUGCAUCAAGUACGUACCAGUUCCUCUUGUGCCUCAGAGUGAGAGAUUUCUUUUCCGCCGAGUCUGUCCAAAGAGCUAUCACAUCUUCCGUUGCAUUGCCAGGUAUGGAUACAAGGAUGUUCGAAAAGAAAACCAUCAGACGUUUGAGCAGCUCUUAAUUGAAAGCCUUGAGAAAUUCAUCCGCCGAGAGGCACAAGAAAGGUCAUUAGAGAGCGAUGGAGAUGAUGAUACUGAUUCUGACGAGACCCGCUGCUCGCGAUUUCUUGUGGGUCCCAAUGGAAGUGUGUAUUCACUUGGCAUUCCUCUGCUUGCUGAAUUUAAUGAGACUACUAGACCCAUAACUGAAGUCAUCAACGUACCAGAAGAGGUGCAGCCAGUUGAAUCUCCAGACCCCUCAAUCCCAGAUGCAGAGCAAUCACUUGAGAGAGAACUUUCUUUUAUACGAAAGGCUAAAGAAUCAGGAGUAGUUUACCUUCUUGGUCAUGGAGAUAUUAGGGCAAGAAAGGAUUCUUGGUUUAUUAAGAAGCUAAUGAUCAAUUACUUCUACGCAUUUUUAAGAAAGAACAGCAGGAGGGGUAUUGCCAACUUGAGUGUUCCCCACACCCACCUGAUGCAGGUAGGCAUGACAUACAUGGUUUAGAGAGCUCAAUUUUGUCAGAUAUAUGAGGAUAUUACCAAAUACAUGUGCGGCACGAGCGAAAGGUGCUCAGUAAAAACAAAAACAAAAAUGAAGGUAAUUGUCUUUGCAUUCUUCAGUGUGCUGCAACAUCCAUUUGAUUUCUGUGGUGGAUUGGAUUCAGAGGACGCUUUUCCCGACUUUACCCUUGGUGUCAUGCCGAAGGUUUUUCGAGGCUCCAUAUUGGGUUGAUCACCGUUCUUCAUUCGUGUUUCAUGCAUGAUGCUGAACGAAUGCCUAAGGUGUUUGAGAUUACAUGAAUUCCAUUGAUGCAAUCCCACUGUAGAGAUCUGGUACGACUUAAAAGAAAACUCUUGGAAUUAGUUUGGAAACUUUCAUAUGCAUCAGUGAUUUAGUCUUGUAGAUAGUUGUUCUUUCUGUUUCUAUUCCCUUUUUUAAUGAUAAUGCAAAGUCAUGCCGAUAGUUGAAUUUCUUCAGAUUUUUUAAUGUGGCUUCCUUCUGACCCAGUCGAAUGGAAGAAUACUUAUGAUUGAGUAGAAAAAGAAUUUCCAAUUUCAAUUA